AUAUAUAUAUAUAUAUUAUAUAAUAUAAAAUAUUUAUCUUGCUAUGUUGAUUGUGUAGCUUUGGCUUCAUUCAUUAAUUCUCUCUAGGUCUGGAAGUUUUUUGGAAAGAUUAAUUUGACUUAUUUUGUAUAUCUCUCCUCUGUCUAGCUUGCCCAUGGUUGAGAAUGCAUCAACCACGGUAAAUCAAGGGGAAGAUAGAUCUUUGUUUUUAAUGGUAACUUUCAUUAGGGGCAAAUACACUAAUGCCAUAUAUGAAGUUAAAUUCAGAUUUGGAGGAGAAGUUGAUGAUAUGGGUGCACGAGUAGCACGUGUAGCCAAGUUCAGUGGUUCUACCCAUUUGGGUGCAAGGAUUGGGUGCAAAUGCCUUCGUUUCCAUUUUCUCAUACAUUUCGUAUGGGGGUAACUGGUUAUGCCGUUGGUUUUGGCAUUAUUUUGUAUACAUUGUCUGACUUGCACGGAAACUUUGAUGUCCUUGCUUUUCACGUGGGUAGAAAGAAUUGGAAACGAGUGGAAAUUGGCACUUGUACUCCUUUCCGAGGGAGGGCCGUGAUUGUAGGCAAGACUAUCUAUGCCUUACAUAUGUUUCAGGUGGAGGCGAUCAUAGCAUACUCCUUGGAGAUUAAAGAAGAUGAUGAGGGUGGUAUUGAAUAUUCACUAGUCCAGCUAUCUGAAUUAAACGGCCUUGACAUUGCAGAUCCGCCAUCGCAAUUUGAUGGACUUGUAACCGACUAUUUGGUUCAUCUGGGAAACCAAGACUUCGUUCAUUUUAAGACUGGCACUAACGAAGAAUGUGAUAAGGUUCAAGAUCUUUGUAUCACCACAUUUCAAAUUGUUCAAGAAGGAAGAAGACAUAUGAUCGAGACCUUACAUUCAACUGUUCUUCCUGUGAAAAUCGAUGUUUGUAAUUGGUUCAUGCUUACGCUCGGCUUUACUCCAGAGUGCGGGGAUUAUGAACCCGUAGAAGGUAAGAGUGCAGCAAGCAUGAAGCAGCCAAAACAAGAAGAUGACACCACUUUGGAUGAGAAUUCUUUGAUGCAUGAGAAAGAAGCCAAACAUGAAGUAGCCUUCAUGCAUCAUGAAAAAGCAAACCAGAAAAAACCCAAGAAUGCAAAUGGAAUAAUUAAAAACAAAAGAAAAAGGAAAGGCGGAUGGAAAGAGGGAUUACAUGUAACCAAAAAAAAGAAGGGGGGAUUAGGUAGUAGAAAACAACCUGUAAUGUAAGUACCUGAGGAGCAGAGCAGGGCAUCCGUACGUCUUUGAUUAGAUAUUAUUGAGGCAUUUUACUGCCAUCUUUUGUUCACAGUUGAUAUUGCUAUCUUUUGUUUUUGUUAGGGAUAUUGAAUUAAUGAUCCUUGUUUACUAUAUAUAAUUAUCAUGGUUCAGUUUGCUGCUGCACAAACUGAUGAAUGUAGAGUU